GUUCAGUGUUGUGACAGUGCGUGAACGGAUUCGGCCUACCGAGUUCUCAAUAUGCUGUUCCCCACACUACUAGUGUGUCUCCUGACGUUGGUUGCUGGCGAUGUUUCUCACAUCCUAUCCACUACCACAGAGUCCCCUCCGGCCAAGCCUUACGUCUUCAGCUACACCGCCGGCAGGUACCCUGGACAUGCCGACAGGCAGCACACUGAAGUCAGCGAUGGCAGUGGCGUUAUCAGAGGCAAAUACGCUUACCUGGAUCCUCGCAACAAGCUCCGCACCGUUGACUACAUAGCAGACAAACAGGGCUUCCAUCCGUUCCUCAACGAAGAGCCCCCCGCGCACCCGUCGGACUCUGAAGCUGUCGCAAGGGCGAAGGAUCGCCAUUACCAGCUGUAUAACAAGAUCGCUGAGGAACAUCAGCAACAUCCACAUCCUAAUGCUGAAGUAGCAACUCCACGCCAGUCAGCAGCGGUCGCAGCCGCUGCAGCGAAACACGCCCAGCUGUUCCGCGUCAUCGCAGAGCAGCACGCGAGGAUCGCAGCCGAGAGAGAAGCACUACAAAGGGAGGAAGAGGAGAAACAGCACCUGCAGGAGCUACAACAGCAGCCUGAUUAUUCGUAGAUGCAAAAACGCACACUGGCAUAAAUUUAAACCGUUAUUUUUUAUAUAGACAAUUCGAAGUCAAAGUAUCAGUGUGUGAAUAUAAGGUUUGAUUUUUCGACGUGGAAUUCUACAAUCUGUGUGCAUCAGUGUGUGGUGCGACUAUGGUACAUCACAUUUCAGGGGCCAUCUAUCUGUAAAUUACGUUUAUAGUGCAAAUUCGCACUCUUAGUGUAAAAAAGCCUCAAUCUGCAAAAUUACAACUUUUCAGGAAAGUGGCAUAAAGGUUCUACGAAGGAAAUUGUACGAUAACUUUUUUAUGCUUCUAUUUUUAUAAUAUUUAUGUGAUAAAAAGACUUUAACUUACGAUCACAAGUGGCUUUGUCAUACCAAUGAUGCAAAUCGUUAUUGUCUCAAAAUUCCAUUAAAAAAGUAUCACAAAGUACUUUGAGGAUAGGCCCUGAGAAGCCUUUGUAGUUAAUAACCAAGCUAAGUCCCAAAUAACAAGCACGUAAAAAGCUUUGCAAGUCCUUGAACAACUCUUGGAAAGCGAAAAAUGUAGAAAACCUUCGCAAUACUUUUCACUUGUCCUAAAUUACAUUUACACUAUAUAAGUUUUAAGAUAAGUAUUCAAAAAUGUUAAAUCAAAUAUUUUCAACCAGUAUAAAGCCGACCGGCGGCGGUCAUGCGAAAAUAUGACCUAUCACGUUGUAACAGACAUAUUGCACAGUUAAUAAUAACAUGGAUCACAAAAUCUGUAAAGUAACGUUUACGAAACUCGCUACAUAAAAAAGUAACGUACAUACGCAAAAUAUGACAAAAUUUUAUAUGACUUGAAAAAUUUUUGUUUUAUUUGGUAAUUUUUAAAUUUAUUUUGUCAUUAUUUCCCCAAAAAUAUUACUUCUCGAAUUACGCCAUGCAUUAUUAUGAGUGGGACAUAUAAGUUAAAAUCGAACAGAGUGGAGCAAUUUCCCGUUGCGGUCAUGAUAUGUCAAUAAAAUAUGAUAGCUCAUAGUUUUCUU